AGGUAAUUUCAGAUUGUGAAGUUCUCUCUUCUAUUCUCUCCCUCUAAUUUUUUGUAGAACACUCAAGACUCUACUGAUGAAAACUCAGCAAAUUCUCACUCAUAGACAGGUUUAACAACUAAACUAAGACAUUAAAAGGAAAACACCAGAUGUCACUCUUCUACAGGUUGCAUUAACUACCAACUACUGGAUACAUUCAAAUCCUUCAGAAUCAACAGAGUAAUCAGGAAGAAGUUCGGGUCAUGGACAAUCUAACUUCUGCAGCUGGAAAUGGGAGCCUGUGUACCAGAGAUUACAAAAUCACCCAGGUCCUCUUCCCUCUGCUCUAUAUUGUUCUAUUUAUCAUUGGACUAAUCAUGAACAGCCUGGCAAUGAGAAUUUUCUUUCAAAUUCACAGUAAAUCUAACUUUAUAAUUUUUCUUAAGAACACCGUCAUCUCCGAUCUUCUCAUGAUUCUGACCUUUCCAUUCAAAAUCCUCAGUGAUGCCAAGCUGGGAACUGGACCCCUGAGAACCUUUGUGUGCCAAGUGACCUCUGUCAUAUUUUAUUUCACAAUGUAUAUCAGCAUUUCAUUCCUAGGACUGAUAACAAUCGAUCGAUAUCAGAAAACCACCAGACCAUUUAAAACAUCCAACUCCAAAAAUCUCUUGGGGGCUAAGAUUCUCUCUGUCAUCAUCUGGGUAUUCAUGUUUUUACUCUCUCUGCCUAACAUGAUUCUGACCAACAAGCGGCCAAAAGACAUGAAUGUGAAGAAAUGCUCUUUCCUCAAAUCAGAAUUUGGUCUGGUCUGGCAUGAAAUAGUCAAUUAUAUUUGUCAAGUCAUUUUCUGGAUUAAUUUUUUAAUUGUCAUUGUAUGUUACACACUCAUUACAAAAGAACUAUACAGGUCCUACAUUAGAACGAAGGGUAUGGGGAAAGCCCCCAGGAAAAAGGUGAACAUCAAAGUUUUCAUUAUCAUUGCUGUGUUUUUUAUUUGUUUUGUUCCUUUCCAUUUUGCCCGAAUUCCUUAUACUCUCAGUCAAACCCGAGAUGUCUUUGACUGCUCUGCUGAGAACACUCUAUUCUAUGUGAAAGAGAGCACUCUCUGGCUAACUUCCUUGAAUGCCUGCUUGGAUCCAUUCAUCUACUUUUUCCUUUGCAAGUCCUUCAAAAAUUCCUUGAUGAGUAUGCUGAAGUGCUCCAAUUCUUUAGCAGCUCCAUCCCAAGAAAACAGGAAAAAAGGACAGAAGGGUGGUGACUCAAACGAAGAAACACCAAUGUAAGCAAACUGGGGAUAUACCUCAAUAAAUUAGGGUUCUGAACACUUAAAAUGAAAGCACUAUAUAAAAAUACUGAUGAUAAUUAAAUAGUGGAGUUAAUAACUGGAAAACAACAGCAGACUACCAAAGUAAUUUUCACUUCUCCAGAAUUAAAAGCUAUCUUAAGAUAGAGAACAAUAACUGAAAAUGUAGGUGAAGAAACAUCACAAACUACAUUCAAUU